UGUUGAUGCUGAUGACAUAUUAAGCUAGUUGAAGGCUAACUGUGUCAAACGCAGAACCAUACUAGAUUUCGGGACCAGUGUCACUGUUAUUUAGUUUCUUUUCAUCAUUUUAAAGCUUUAAUCAUGAUGCAAUUCAUACUUGGCUUCACUCUGGGGAACGUGGUUGGCAUGUAUCUGGCACAGAAUUACGAGGUACCCAAUAUUUCAAAGAAAAUCGAGGCCUUUAAGAAGGAUGUGGAGGCCAAGAAGAAACCCCCAGAAUAAGGGACACAAGUAACGUGUGGAAAUAUGGCAAAUUGUAAUUAACUGAAGAUGGAGGGAUAUUUAAGAAUAAGAAUAUAAUAUAGGCUAGUAUGUGUUAAAGUAUAAACAGAGCCCUCAAGGUGCACAGUAUAUUCCAAGUGUCAAAUAGUGCCUCAAAAUCAAAAUCGUUUUGAAAGUUGACGUGUUAUGCAUUUUGCAUUGUAUAGAGAUGCAUAUCUCUCUCUCUCUCUUUUUUUUUUCUUUUCUUCCUAAAUCAGGGUAAAUUUGUUUACACCUGAUUUUUUCUUUGCUGUUACAUUUUGGAUAAUUAUUCAUUAAUAUAUUUUAAAAACUCAAUGGGAUAUUUUUUUUUGUCAGAAACAGCUUGCAGUGUGAUGCAGUUCUUGGGUUUCCUGUAUUUGUGGAGAAACAUGUUUGCAGUGCAAAAUAAUGUUUUCGAAACAAAUUACUGCAAUGUUUUAUAAAGGCUUCUUAAUAUUAUGAAAUAAAGUUCUGAGAUUAUACUAAUAAAAUGCUUGUUUUA